UUGAGCCUGACCCGGACCCCGUAGGAGCGGCGCCGCCGCCGGGCGCGCCGGAAGUGACGUAAUAUCGAUGGGCUGGGGCUGGUCGUGUGCUCCGCUCUGCUGCUCGCUUGUCGCGGCGCUUCCUGGGGCGAGGUCGGGUCUAAACCGAGCUCCCCGCUCCCACCCAGAUGAAACCUUCUAAAGCAGCGGGAGCUCCACGGCCCGCGCCGCGCGGAGCAGGUAGCCAGGAAUGUGAGAGAAAUGAAGCAGGUACAUCAUCUGAAGACUAUGUCAUUGGACAAGUGGUCAACAGUUUGUUUCAAAAGAAGUCCGCAACAUGCAGACCACACCCCCUGGCACAUCUUUUUAAGGCUUCUGAGUCUGAAACACAGCCAGUGUUUGUUGCUGUGCCAAGAGAGAAUAAGAAACGAAAGCAUACAGACGUGGAAAGGGCAACAGAAGAUCAGAGCUCAUCUACUAAACGAGAACCUCCUGUAAAAUUGAAGAAAGCCAAAAAGAACAAAUUGUCUAUAGCAGAGAAAAGGUUGGCAAACAGAGAGUGUGCAUUGGAACAGGCAGAUGAAAAAGAGGAAGAAAGAAGGCUCAAGGUCAAACAGAAGCUAAAAAAUAGAACAUCUCAAGCUGUCACCAAAAGCCUUGCUAGUUCAGCUAAUGAAAUUGAUGUAAAACAGUGCAAGAAGAAAAGUCAAAUUAAUGAAGCUGAGGAGAUGCUGAAGAAUCAGAGAACUGUGUUUGUUGGGAAUUUACCUAUCAGCUGUACUGUACAGAUGCUGAAGUCAUUUUUUAAAGAAUAUGGACAGAUAGAAUCAAUUCGAUUCCGUUCUUUGGUUCCAGCAGAGGAUACUUUAUCCAAAAAGUUAGCAGCCAUAAAGCAUAAGAUCCAUCCUAAUAUGAAAUAUAUUAAUGCUUAUGUGGUUUUUAAGGAAGAAGGUGCUGCCACUAAAGCUCUUAAAAGAAAUGGAACUCAAAUUGCCAAUGGAUUUCACAUCAGAGUUGACCUUGCUUCAAAAGCCACUUCUCAUGACAAUAAGAGGUCUAUAUUUGUGGGAAAUCUCUCAUAUGAAAUUGAAGACGAUACUGUGCGAGAACACUUUUCUGAAUGUGGAAAUGUAGUAGCAGUGCGAAUUGUGAGAGACAAAAACACUGGCAUUGGCAAAGGGUUUGGCUAUGUUCUGUUUGAGAAUACAGAUGCUGUACAUCUUGCUCUGAAACUAAACAACUCUGAACUGAAGGGAAGAAAGCUUAGAGUGAAACGCUGCGUCGAGAAGGAGAAAAACAAGAACAGUUCAGACAACGUAAAGAACUCUGGUCCAAAGCACAGAUUUGGUACUUCAUUAAAAAAUACAGAAAAAUAUACCAACAAUUCAUUUGCUGGUGAAAAAGCAACCCCAUUGAAAAAGAAAACAAAGAGACCAAAAAGUGUGACUAGAACAAAAGGUGGGAAACACAAAUAAUAUUGCCACAUUGCUAAUUUUGGAAUUUGUAAAAAUGUUUGUUUUUUAAUAAACUCGAAUGGAAAGGUG